CCUGUGUACAGAAUAGGGGCACUACUGUGGUGAAUGUGUCGUCAUUUGAGGUAAGAACUCCACAGAAGAGAGUUCUUGGGUUUGGCUGUCAGCGGCCAGACUGGAACAAGCCGCCUGACUACAAGAAAGGGGCAUUGUCGUGGCACAGCAGUGGUCGUCUGAGGUUGGAGUUUAACAGAAGACGAGCUAGAGGCCCCUGGGGGGUUUGGCCACCAUUCGUCAGACCAACAACAGUACACACCAUGUGGCCGCUAGCAUGGAUCGGUAUGGUCGCUUGCUGUCUGUUGUCUAAUGGCGUUUCCUCCCAGCCAGGUUGCGGUGUAAGCCUGACGUCUGACAGUGGGACGUUUACCAGCCCAAACUACCCCGCCGACUACCCUAACUAUAGUAACUGCACAUACAAGAUCUCUGUCACCCCGCCCAAAGUCGUCAGACUUACGUUCACAGAUUUUAACGUUGAGGAAGGCUAUGACUUCGUGUAUGUGUAUGACGGAGACACACUCGAUCCUACACAACUAAUAGGAGAACCGUUGGAUGGAACAAGUAUACCCGAUCCCAAGUCUUCAAGCGGGAGUUUUAUGACUGUGCAAUUCACAUCUGACUCUGGAGAUACCCGGAAGGGAUUCCAGGCCAGCUAUACAGCUGAAGAUAAAGUAUUUGCUCAGUGUGAAGUCGGCCAGUACCGGUGUGCUAACGGUGUAACCUGUAUAGACGCCUGGAGAAGGUGCGACGGAAACAAUGACUGCAAUGACGGUAGUGACGAGGAUGCGAGCAGCUGUGCUUGUCAAGACAUUCCAUCGUCGUUGACGAUAUGCAGGGGCCUUGAGUGGGGCUCAAAGAUGACACUCCCCAACCCACUGGACUACAGUCACACCACGUUGGACAUGGUAACAAACUCGGCAGCAUUCACCGACCUCGAAAGCCUUGCCGACUCUGAUUGCCACCCCCGUGUUAGAGAGCUCGUCUGUGCUACCAUUGUACCGCGCUGCGAGGCCAGUCCGAACCUCCGACAACAGCUGCCAUGUCGUUCUUGGUGUGAAGAGGUGAAGUACUCCUGUGAUAAUGAGGACUCUUGGGAAGCUUUCCCCAACUGUGAGAUUUUCCCUUACACCAACUGCAACAACAUCAAGACUUCAAUGAAGGAUGGUGUGGAGUGCUUCGAUGGAAAUGGUGUAAAUUACAGAGGGAAUGAGUCCAGAGCUCCUAAAGAGGGGACUGACUGUAUCCCAUGGAGCGAUGACCAAAGCUACAUAGCGGAGUAUCCCUGGGCAAACCUUGAGGGCAACAAAUGUCGUAAUCCUGACAAAGACAACAGGCCAUGGUGCACCACACCAGCUGGAUACGAGUAUUGUGACAUCGUGCCUUGCAACAGAGAGGGGUGCAAAGAUCCGGGGAAACCACAGUUUGGACAGCGGUCUCCCAUACUGAAGUUCUACUGGCCUGAUGAAGACACAAUUACGUACACAUGUAAUACAGGAUACAAGUUCAAGAAAGGCACUACGGCCAACAGGGCUCUAUGUGUUGCUGAUGACGAAACAGCCUACUGGGAAACAGAUAAACCUGCAUGCGAAGUCGACCAAAAAUUCCAACUACAAAAGGACCUUCUGAGCGAAGAUGUCUACAACAAGGCGGUGUCUCCCACAACUAGUUUGAAUAUAAAGGCAUAUGUGGUCAACGUCAUCAGCUUGGAUGAAAAGGCGGAACAGAUAGUAACAUCCUUUAAAGCUGAAUACACAUGGAAAGACAACCGACUGGAAUGGGAAACGAAACGAUAUGGAGGAUUGGAUCAUAUGUACAUCUUAGAUGAUCAAAUCUGGAAGCCAACAUUGAUCCUGGAGAGAAACGCUGACACAGGUUAUGGCGGUGGGUUCCCUACGUCAGAGGUCAAAAUCGUGAAUAGCGGGAAGGUCUCCUGGCCUGUUGAAGCACUGACUACCACAACCUGCACCCUGGACCCCUUCCAAUUCCCACAGGACAACAUGACGUGUGCGGUGUGCUGGAGAGCUGGGGAAGAGUACACGAUAGACUGCUCCAACUCCACAACACACAAAGACAGCAGAUUCCUGACCUGCGAAAACGACGAGGCCGACAUCGUCACGGGAGAGUGGAGUGGAAAAACAACCCUUUCAGCCAAGAACAACACGGCCUGUCUGACUAUGACUCUCAAACGAGACCCCACUUAUCAUUACGCCACAACCAUCUCUCCCUGCCUCAUCCUCAUCAUCCUCAUGAUCAUCACCUUCAUCAUGCCCAUCGACAAAGGUGACAGGAUCGGGUUCGGCGUCACCGUGCUGCUGUCCAUGGUGGUGUCGCUAGUCGUCGUUACAGGCUUCCUGCCUGUGUCUAGUACCCUGCCAUUUAUUGCCAUGCUGAUCAUUGUGUGCAUGGCCCUGAUGGCGCUCUUCAUGCUGACGACUCUUUUCAUCAUCAUCAUACACGACAAGAAGGGACCUGUCCCCAAAUGGGUGCGGACGCUCUUCUUGAAGCACAUUGCAAGGGC